UUGAGUGUUGAGUCUAAAGAAAUGACUACAUUAUUAUCUACAACGGAGUUCAGUCCGAAGCUCGCCCGCAAUAAUAUCUGUAGUGGACUAAACAUUCGAGCACGACCUCACCUGUUUCCAGGCUUCAUUGGAGGGGGAAUUGCACAAAACAAUCGAAUUCCGCUUAUUAGCUUAGCCGUAACCAAACUAACUGCUCAGACGAGUACUGAGAUUCAAGGAAAGGGCAGAAAAAAUAAUCAGAUUUUGAGCGAGGGAAGAGAUGAGGAUGAGAAAAAGGGAGGCAUAUGUCCCGGUUGUGGAGUUUUUAUGCAACAUCAGGAUCCAAACCUUCCUGGAUAUUAUCAGGAAAGGAACGUUUCAAUGACACAACCAAGAGAAGAAGAUGACUUCUAUGAACUUGUUGAUGAUGAUAUCAUGUAUGAACAGGGAAACAAUGAUGGAGAAGGAACGAGCGAUGAAUUCGAUUGGGAUUCAGAUGAAUGGGAGGAUAAGCUCAUGAACGAAGAAAACGAUUUGGAACUCGAUGGCUUUGCUCCUGCUGAUGUGGGCUAUGGAAACAUUACGGAAGAAACAGUAAAGCGAGCUGAGAAGAAGGGGAUAUCGAAGUCAGAGAAGAAGAGGAGAGCUAGGGAGGCUCAUAGAGAGCGAGAGAGAGAAGAGGUAACUGUUUGUGCAAGGUGCCAUUCAUUGAGGAAUUAUGGGCAGGUGAAGAACCAAGCUGCAGAGAACUUGAUUCCUGAUUUUGAUUUUGAUAGAUUAAUAGCCAAUCGUUUGAUGAAACCCACAUCAAAUUCGAAUAAUAUUGUUGUUAUCGUCGUUGAUUGUGUUGAUUUCGAUGGUUCUUUCCCAAAGAGGGCAGCAAAAUCAUUGUUUAAGGCUUUGGAAGGGAAUAAGAACGACCUCAAGGUCAGCAAAAGGUUGCCAAAGCUUGUUCUUGUGGCUACAAAGGUUGACUUGCUCCCAUCACAGAUCUCACCCACAAGGCUAGAUCGAUGGGUUCGGCACCGUGCCAAGGCUGCGGGGGCUCCUAAAUUAACUGGAGUGUAUUUGGUCAGUGCUCGUAAAGAUAUCGGUGUGAGAAAUCUUUUGUCCUUCAUCAAAGAAUUGGCUGGUCCACGAGGGAAUGUGUGGGUCAUUGGUGCUCAGAAUGCAGGGAAGUCUACUCUCAUUAACGCAUUAGCAAAGAAGGAAGGGGCUAAAGUGACAAAGCUUACGGAAGCUCCAAUUCCUGGGACGACACUCGGGAUCUUGCGAAUUGCGGGGAUUUUAUCAGCCAAGGCGAAGUUGUUCGACACUCCUGGUCUUCUACGUCCUUAUCUACUGUCUAUGAGAUUGAACAGGGAAGAGCAAAAAAUGGUCGAAAUUCGAAAGGAGCUCCAACCAAGGUCUUAUAGAGUGAAGGUUGGACAGAGUGUGCAUGUUGGUGGUUUGGUAAGACUUGACCUUAACCAAGCUUCAGUAGAGACAAUUUAUGUUACGGUUUGGGCAUCACCUAAUGUUUCUCUUCACUUGGGAAAGAUUGAAAAUGCCGAUGAGAUAUGGAAGAAACAUGCUGGUGUCAGGUUGCAGCCACCCAUUGGCGUGGACCGUGCUUCUGGAAUUGGCGAAUGGGGAGCGAGAGAGGUAAAAGUUUCUGGCACAAGUUGGGUUGUGAAUAGCAUUGAUAUUGCAAUAGCAGGUUUAGGUUGGUGCUCUUUGGGUCUCAAAGGUGAAGCAACCUUGACCUUAUGGAUACAUGAUGGCACGGAAGUAACUUUGGGAGAACCGUUGGUUCUCGACCGAGCACCGUUCCUCGAGCGACCUGGCUUCUGGCUACCAAAAGCCAUAUCGGAUGCCCUUGGCAAUGAAACAACACUUGAUGCCAAGAGGAGAGGAUCUCUAGAAGAUAGUACAUUGGUUCGAUGAUCAAUAUUCCCCUGUUGGAGCCCAUUCUGGAGGUUUCUGCACAGAUAACAUAAUGAUACAUUUUUCAUUGCCAUAAAGUAAUCGUGCUAGGUUACUUAAAUUUUGAAAUUGAUGUUUGUUCAAUCAACUUUUGAACAAGCUAUCAUACUAGUUAAUGGGUAGGCAUGUAAUGAGGUUGUAGAGUUUUUGGCUAAUUUAUUAUUAAUUAUUUUUGGUGUGUUUAUGUUAUUACUUUAGAAUGUAAAAUUAUGACCAUGAUAGUUUUUGAAUGGCCUAAAUUGGAGUUAAAA